AUGCUCUUACUUUCUAUUAUUCGUCUCUUCCUAGCUUCAGCGGUGGUUUGCUCUGCACAACCGCUAGAAGCGCGACAAUCGACUAGUUCUUUCAAUCUGUAUGCGUACGGGGAAGGCAUCAGCGGACUGCCUGUUUUCUAUAAAGAUGGUAUUUCUCUGCAACAACUUACUUUCAUAAUCAAAGGUGGUCUGAUUGUUGUUUCUUUCACAGGUACUGCUCAAGUCGUGGAUUUAUCCAAAAUCGACACAUCUCCGAUGACCCAGGUCUACUUCACCUAUUCGGACAGUUCUUCGAGCACCUGGGUAGCACAUCCUCGUUCCACUGACACUACUACCAUCGCCAGCUCUGCCCCCUUCACAACCAACUUGAUAUACCUGGCCCAGGGAGAUACGGCUAAUCAGGUCAGCUUCACCGGAACAUCCGAGACUGCGCGGUCAGGGAAGCUCACUGACGUGUGGUCGCUGUACGGCAAUUAUGUCCUCGUCAGCGUAAGUGGAGCCAACUUCUACGCUAAAUCCACUGGUACGGACGGCUUGUACUCCCUGCUCUGGAGUACUUCGGCAGAGGCCAUGACAGACACUAUCUCGCUGACAUUACGGACUAUUGAGCCGGCGACGCAGUCUGUGUUGAGCUGA